UUGUUCAAUUAUCAGUACAAAGAAGAAUACAAAGACAUAUUUAGAUUGGCUUCAAUUUUGGAAUUUGUCAAAACCGAAAAGUUCACUUCACAAAUUUCACAACAUGUCAAUUUAGAUUUCCUUAAGAAUUGUUUCUCAGAAGGUUUCAUUCAUUCACAGUCCUUCCAGAACUUCUUUUCCUCAUUUUCUCUUGCAACAACGUGCAAGAAUGAUUUCGGAUUUUCUUCAACAUCCAAAUUGACAGAAUAUCCUUCAAACAAAGGAAUUUUCAUUGUCAAUAAUGGAAGCGCCGUCUUCACUUCAUCGGCCAUUUAUCCGCGUGCCAAGUUUGAAAUGAUUUUGGAGACACCGAAAUCCUCGAAAUCGAAAUCACAAGUUUCGAUAAAUAUUUACGCUGAAAGUGAUGUUCCAAAAGCACUUUUAACAUGGAGUAAAUCAAUCAAACUUGGGCCAGAAGAAAAGUUUACUAUUAAGACUGUUCCAGAACAGCUUCUUUUGGAUGUAAAUUCCACAAUGAUUUCGAUUUCUCCUUCAGUUUCAAAGAUUUUUAUCGUUUUUACUUUGUCAGAAGGAGCAACUUUGAAAUACGACGUAAAUGUCGAUUCAAAGAUCUUCAAGGUUUCACAGAAAAUGUCAGGAAAUAUCUUGAGAUUUUCACCGAACCAUCCAGGUGUUAUACCACCACUUCAAAAGAUGUUCUUGCUGGCAAAAUCUUGCGAAACAAGUUCCCAAAUUUCUUUCAGAAUCAAACAAAAGAUUUUGUCACUUUUAUAUUUGUCCGGACUCCAUCCUUUGAGUACAGAAGAGAUUAUAUCUAUUAUUCCUAUUGCAAAUCCAUAUCCUCUUGAAUCAUCCAUUAUUGAUUUCGGUCUCCAGAGUGGUUUCGAAUCUCUUCCGAAAGAAUUUUUCAAGAAAAUUUUGAAUGAUUUAGAUUUCGAUGAUUUCUUCGAAAAAUUCAAACAUUUCGGCUUCAAACCAUCAUCAAUCAAGCCAACAAACUCUGCUGUUAUGUUCCUAAACGAAACAGAUAAUUACCAAUGUCCAAAUUCUUUCAUUUUGACUUCUGACACUUUGAAAUUUACAAAACUGAAAAGUGACAAUCUCAAAUUUGAGAAAGAAUCGAUUAUUAUUCCAAGAAAUGCCUUCCAUGGCACAUUCCUUGAUAUUUUGAUCAUUACUAAGCAUCUUUUGAUCAAAUCAUUUGUAGCGAGAAAACUUCCAGAAGUUCUAAAAUUCAUAAAAAAGAACAUGGAAAUUAAACCUCCUAUUUACAAGAAAUUGAAAUCGAAAGGAAGGAUAUUCUUACCGUGGUAUCCAAUACAAGAAUACGACAUUCAAGAUUGCUUCGAGAAAAGCAACAACAAGAGUGAAUUGUUGAAACAAGUAACUACAUGGAAAACAUUCCAUAAUUAUGAAUUGUUUUAUGCUCCAAAUUUACUUUUGUCAUCUUUCUCGAAAGAAAUUGUUGAUUUGGCUAAGAAGAACAUAACGAAGAAACCAGUUUUCUAUACAUCAAAUGGAAACAGCAAUUUGUACAAUGAAGAUAUUAGUUAUCCUUCUUUGGAAAGAAUCAACUUUUUGAUUGAAAACAAACUUGAUUAUUUCACUGUCAUUGACAAAAUGUCUUGCGAAUUGAAGGAAGAUUUUGGAGUUGUAAUUGACAAUUUCCAGUUCACGAGUAAUGUGACAAUGAAUUUGUUCCAAGAAUUCAUAAAGAAUGAGACAAAAUUCACUGUUUCAUUGCUGUUUUAUGUAUCUAAAUCUGAAUUAGAUGAUGUUGUAUACGUUUAUGAUUCAGAAGAACGUGAAUUAAUUCAAAAUAACAGAGAUGAGUCUUAUCUCAUUGUUGGAAAGUUUGAGAAUUAUGAUUUAUUCAACUCAUCACUCUAUAGGUUUAUCCAAAAGAAACUUGAGUUAUUGUUUGUUUAA